ACAAAAAGUUUGCAUGAUCUUUACGCACAGCACCACAGCUGCUGGAGACUUGAUUUGAAUUUUGAAGCGUCCCGGUCAGUGUGGCUGUUCUGCUGCGGACCUGUCAGCACAAUGUGGGGGAUCCAGAGGACUCGGUAUGCGGACUGCAACGGCUCCGAAGCCAGUGAGGAGACCGAGAUUGUUGUGAACAUCGGCGGUGUGAAACAGGUGCUGUACGGGGACGUGUUGGCUCGCUAUCCAGACACCCGCCUGGCAGAGCUGGUGGACUGCUCACUUAAACCCCCCGAAGAAAUACUCUCCUUAUGUGACGACUACGACCCCGACACGGGGGAAUUCUAUUUUGACAGAGACCCCGAGGCGUUCAAGUGCAUCAUCGAGUUGUAUUAUUAUGGGGAGAUACACAUGAAACGAGGCAUCUGUCCGAUCUGUUUCGUGAAGGAGAUGGAGUUCUGGAAAAUCGACUCGGAUUUUCUGGACGAAUGCUGCAAAUGCCACCUGAAGGAGGUGGAGGAUGAACUUGCAGAGAUCGCCGAGAAAGUCAGAACUAUCCUGGUGGACCGGGAGGGAGACCCCUCCGCCGGCGGGUGGCAGCGCUUCCAGAUGUGCCUCUGGAGGCUGAUGGAGAAGCCGGACUCGUCGCUGCCCGCGCACAUCAUCGCUAUAGUUUCUUUCAUCUUCAUCCUCGUUUCCUCCGUGGUGAUGUGCGUCGGGACCAUCCCCGACCUGCAGGUGGAAGACGCAGAGGGUCGGCUCACGGAGCACCCAACUUUGGAGGUCAUCGAGACGGUGUGCAUCGGCUGGUUCACCAUCGAAUACCUGCUGCGCCUCAUCUCCUCCCCGAAUAAAAUGAAAUUCGUGCUGGCUUUUAUGAACAUCAUCGACUUCAUGGCAAUCAUGCCUUUCUACGUGGUGCUGAUUCUGACCUCCUUCGGCGCGGGAGUGAUGGAACUGGCGAACGUGCAGCAGGCGGUGCAGGCUUUACGCAUAAUGCGCAUUGCGCGCAUUUUCAAGCUGGCACGCCAUUCCUCCGGACUCCAGACUCUCACAUCUGCCCUGAAGAGCAGCUUCAAAGAGCUCGGGCUGCUCCUCAUGUACAUGGGCGUGGGGGUGUUUCUUUUCUCCGCGCUGGGCUACACCAUGGAGCAGAACCAUCCGGACACGCUGUUCACGAGCAUCCCACAGUCCUUCUGGUGGGCUGUGAUCACCAUGACCACCGUGGGAUACGGCGACGUCUACCCCAAGACCACGUUGGGUCGCUGCAACGCGGCCAUCAGCUUCCUCUGCGGGGUCAUCGCCAUCGCUCUGCCCAUACACCCCAUCAUCAACAAUUUCGUUUUGUUCUACAACAAGCAACAGGUGCUGGAGACCGCGGCCAAGCACGAGAUCGAGCUGAUGGCGCUGCGCAACGGGGACGGGGAGUUCAGAGCUGCGCCCGGCACCCAUAAACACGUUUGCGGCGCAGGGGCGUGGGACAGCGCCAUGCACUCCUGCCACAGCGACACUUACAUUCCUUUACUGAAGGACCCCCGGGGAGCGGCAGGCAUCCAGACCCCCAGCGUGGACACCAGCUUUGAGAGCACAGCCGAGGCCACUGAAUAUUUCAUCUGAUCAACACAAGGCCUGCAGCGUUUGGUGGGGAAGAAAAACAACAACAUAUAUAUAAAAAUAGACAUAAAAAUGAAUGAUUAAUUUCUGAAGUAUUCGAACUGAACCGAUCAAACGUGGAGUACUGAUACAACAGUAUCAGCUGAGACUGUAAAUAGCCUGCUAGAAAUAACAGGACUUGCCUCCAAGGACCUUUAAUGCAUUUGAGGAAUGGAGCCUAUUAAGGGACAUACAUGUGAGAUAUUGACUUGAUGAGUGAGUCCCAGUGGACCGUGGGGCUCCAUUUGAACUGCCAGUACACAGAAUCCCCAAUGAAAGCGUCUUAUAUAACUCCCUCAUCCCCAAUUCUCGCACUUACACUGUAGACUGCACUGUAGCCUAUUCCUGUGUACAGAGAAGAAUAUCACAGUUGAUGUUUCAAAAGAAUAAUGAAGAGAGGCAGCUUCUGGACGAGCAAGGAUGAGUGGAAUCAGCCCAUAAAACAGGUGUACAGACAUCAAAACGACUCCAAAGGACAGUCUGGAGGUGUUUAAAUCUGUCUCAGAUUGUCAUAAUUUUCACUGAGGUGACUCCGGCCUCACUGAAAUGUGACUUUGCGUCCACAGAAAAUGUAAUAGUACACGAGAGGCCUGGCAGAGGAUAUAAAAGCAGCAUAUCCUGAUGGGUGCUCAUUGUCGUGCCUGUGAUCAUCAUUACAUCAGUGUAAUUUCGUAACUGACUGUAUGAAUGUGAAGUAAUGCGUCAGAUGUAACAACCCUCGACUGUGCAGGGCUUUUAAAGGCAGUGACCCAGCGUCUUUUUAAACUCGGUUUACUGACAUCAAGACCUCAGCUAAAUUUCCUAACCUGCAGGACUUGUUUGAAUCUUACAGCAGCUUCUCUCCAGAGGUUCAGUGGAAUAAAUCUGACCGACGUCAGUGAGAAGCAACAGGUCAAACAAAAAAAUGUUGUCUUAAUAUUUGAGUUGCCAUGAAAGUUAUCCUUUUUAUGCCUCAAAAUUUAAACAGAAAUACAGAAAAUAAAAUGGAUGGAGUUAUUCAGGAGGCAUAUGUUCACCUGAACAUGGAAGCAUGAUGCAUUUCAGCACUUUGUUCCAUGUUUUAGAAAGAUCUUUAAAAGGGGAUAAUGGGCGGCGUAUUUAAAGGUUACUUUUCACAGUUGGAAAAGCCUCAGCUGCUGCACCAUUAGCCUGAUUGACAUGAAACUUGCACAAAUAGAGCCGUCUUUACAGAAGUUAGUCAGCACAGUUGGGGGAGCUCUAAUUGAAAUCUGACACUUCUCAUUCCGGCUCGUGUCACCUGCUGCACGAUUUCUGCCGGGAUUGUGUUCCUUUGACCAGUCUUUUGUGAAACUUGUUGAAAUGAACAUGUCUGAAUAUAAAGACACACCUCGUGCAAAGAAAGAGUGGUAGUAUUUCUUCUACAAAACAAUGAAA